AGACAAAAAAGAUUAAUGAAAUUUGUAUCAUAAAUCGAUUUUAUCAAGAAUUAUUUAAAGAAAUAGAAUCUUUUAAUAUUCAUAAAGAUUUUGAAUUUAGGGCAAUAUAUGAUACAUUACAUACUAGGAUGAUUGAACUUAAAAAAAUUAAUAAUAGCAAAUAUAAUGGUGCUGAUACUCUUACAAAUGAAAAAUGA